UAUUUCUUUACAGAUUCAUCAUACAAAUCCUCUUGGGGAUCCCAUAGUUCAACACAAUCUCAAGGAUACAGUUCAAAUGCCUUAAGUAGUGUUGGUGUCAGUGUUGGUAAAUCCUCAUUGGAUCCACACACACAUCUAAGACAACCUGAUCCAUAUCAAAUGUUUGGACCAACAAGCAGUCGUCUAGCAAGUUCAGGUUCUGGUCAAAUACAACUUUGGCAAUUUUUAUUAGAAUUACUUUCCGAUUCCGGCAAUGCUGGCUGCAUAACAUGGGAGGGAACAAAUGGAGAAUUCAAAUUAACCGAUCCAGAUGAGGUAGCCCGAAGAUGGGGCGAACGUAAAUCAAAACCCAAUAUGAAUUACGAUAAAUUAAGUCGUGCUUUAAGAUAUUACUACGACAAAAAUAUUAUGACCAAGGUCCAUGGCAAACGUUAUGCGUAUAAGUUUGAUUUUCAAGGUUUGGCUGCUGCCACUCAACCAGCAGCUAGUGAUCCCACCUAUAAAUAUCAAAGUGAUUUGUUUAUGACACCAUAUCAUCACAGCGCCAAAUUAAGCUCAUUUAUGAGUCCUCAUCAUGGCAUGACAUCAUCAUCUGCUUCCAUAUUUCCAUCAGCCGCCUCGUGGGGUAAUUGGGGUAACCAUGCCACCAACUUGUAUCAACCCCAUUCGAUGGGUCAUGUAACACCCUCUCAUGUUGCUCCACAUUUGAGCUCCUAUCCCCAUUACGCAUGACCAUCAUCGUCCGGUGGUGGUUUCUAAUAUGAGAGUAACGCCAUCGCUGGCAGCAGUGGGGCACAUUCUAUGCAUUCAGGUGGUGUGAUGGGUAGCUCGGGUGGCACGAGUACAAGUGCAGCACAGGCUGC